AAUACGAUAGAGGGGAGAGAGAGAGAGAGAGAGAGGGGCUGAGCUAAGUGGUUACCGUACGCUGCACGAGCUCAACUUUCCCACCAGUGAUCUCACGUUCCUCCGUCGCUACUGCUUCGACUUUGAACUUGAAUUCAACUCUUCCUCGAAAUUUCCCGAGAAACAAUCAGAAAAACGGAGGACAGAGACGACUACUCCACUGAAACCCUAGCAUCGAGCAUUAUCAAUUUAUCAGCGCAUUAAUGCUUACGAUUGAAUAUCUAAGGCACAUUCUCGAAGAAGCCCUAGGAAAGUGAUGGAGAGGUCAAGAUCUAAGAGGUACUACUAUGACCAGGACUAUGAUUCCGAAGCCCUACCGCCGCGGACCAAACAGCGGUACGGCAACAACCACCACUACUCUCCUGCUGCUCACCACCGCCGCCCCGCCGUGAGCGGCGGGGGCCGGAAAGCUCAGGAGUCUUCGAUGAUGGUCACUACGAGUUACCGGAUCCUGUGCCAUGAUAUGAAGGCCGGGGGCGUGAUUGGGAAGUCGGGGAGCAUAAUUAAGGCGAUUCGGCAACAUACUGGGGCUUGGAUCAAUGUGCACGAGCUGAUUCCCGGCGACGAAGAGCGAAUCAUCGAGAUUUCUGACACGAGGCGGCGGGACCCCGACGGCCGCAUGCCCUCGUUCUCGCCGGCUCAGGAGGCGUUGUUGUUGAUACAUGAGAGGAUACUUGAGAGUGAUGGCGAUGGGUAUAAUGUGGGAUUUGGAGGUGGCAGUGGCGGCGAUGACGAUGAUUACGGGCCACGGGGAGGGGGGAGCCGAGUGGCGACGAGGCUUGUGGUGUCGAGGAUGCACGUGGGGUGUUUGCUUGGGAAGGGAGGGAAGAUAAUUGAGCAGAUGAGGAUGGAGACUAAGACGCAAAUUAGGGUUCUGCCAAGGGAUCACACCCUACCUCGAUGUGUUGCCAUGUCAGAGGAAAUUGUUCAGGUUGUUGGUGAUGUGAGUGCUGUGAAGAAUGCUAUAACAAUUAUUGCAUCACGCUUGAGGGAGAGCCAGCAUCGUGAUCGUAGUCACUUUCAUGGUAGACUUCAUUCACCAGAACGGUUAUUUCCUCCUGAUGAUGAUUUUAGCCCUCACAUGAACAAUACAUCACGUAGAUUGACUGAAGAUGGGGCUAUGUUUGGGCCAAGAUUCUCUGGUGGUUUGACCAGUGGGAGAAGCAAUAGCUAUGCUUCACGCCCAUCUGGCUAUAUGGUCGAAUCUGAGGUGUCAGCUGAAGCUGACUAUGCAGGGCCAUUUUCUGGUGAGGUGCUUGUAUUUCGAAUACUUUGCCCCAUUGAAAAGGUUGACAGUGUUGUUGGGGAGCCUGAUGGGAUUAUAGGGUUGCUACAAAAUGAAGUUGGUGUGGAUAUUAAGAUUGCUGAUCUCGUGGCUGGGUCCAGUGAACAGAUAAUUAUCAUUUCAUCUGAUGAGGGCCCAGAUGAUGAGCUGUUUCCAGCUCAAGAAGCUCUGUUGCACAUCCAAACUUGCAUUGUUGAUCUUGUUCCAGAAAAAGAAAAUGUUAUCACUACUCGGUUACUUGUUCCAUCAAAUGACAUUGGAUGUUUAGAGGGAAGGGAUGGACCAAUAUCUGACAUCAGGAGACUAACUGGGGUAGACAUACAGAUCCUGCCUAGGGAGGAGCUUCCUGUAUGUGUAGCUGGGACUGAUGAGCUUUUACAGAUUGUGGGGGAGAUAAAAGCAGCUCGAGAGGCUCUUGUUGAACUGACAGCAAGGUUACGAAAUUACAUGUAUCAAGAGUUCCUUCAAAGGGAUAUGCCAGCGCCACCUUUCCAUGCACACAGUCCGGUGGGGAAUCCGUCAGGGCUGGAGUCAGUUACAUCCAGUACUGCAACUUCAGCUCGGGACAGCUAUGUUGGGGCUGGGAGUGAUCCUCCUUCUGUGACCUAUCAGAACGUGCAACCAGUAAAGGACCCUGGAGUGCCCGGCAGUGGAACUGUGAGGCAGAGUGAAACUGAGUACCCUGAAGAUAAACCAGCCGGGUUGAGCAGAAUUCCUGUACCGCUUGUCACUCGGAGUACAUUGGAAGUGACCAUACCGCAGCAUGCAGUUCCCAAGCUCAUAACAAAAUCUAAAAACAAGCUUGCCCAGAUCAGUGAGCUGUCGGGAGCCAGUGUUAAACUUAUUGAAGAUAUGCCAGAUGUAACAGAGAAGGUCAUCCAGAUUUCAGGUACUCCAGAGCAGGCUGAAAGAGCCCAGAGCUUGCUUCAGGGAUUUAUUUUAAGCACCCAAGAAGAUGCAGGAUAGAGUUGCAAAGCAGAAUGCCUUGGCAAGGCAAGGCUCGAAGAGGCAGCUUUUCUUUUCAGUUUGGAACCUAUAUAUACUCGGGACUUCCUUGGUACAAUAGUACAGAAGGAAAUUCUGCUCAGGGGCGCAAGCUGAAGAUGGUAUUUAUGUUGUAAAUGUUCAGAGUACAGCAGCUUAGUAGCAUUGUGAAGGUAGUUAUUAUGGGUAGUUCUGAAAUUUUGGUAUUUUCGUAACCGGCAUGUAUAAACUGUGCUUGCAUGCUAUGCUUUACCAGAAUGGAAUGGUGGUGUUUUGACCUUGA